AUGGAACAAUCAAUAUCGAUUGCGGUAGCAAACAUCCACGAAUACUGUACUGUCAUCAUCAAGAUUGCUGUUGGAAUGAAGAAAUGGAGAAAUGAAUACGAUUUGGAACAGUUCAAAGGGGCCGCUUUUGAAGAGAGGAACUAUAGUCCAAGCUUCAUAAAUCCAACCAAAGGCACCAGUAAAUGCCAAAAUCCCUCCCCCGAGACCAACUACCAGCAGGCUUUCCCAACCGAACUCCAUGUGGUCCCGUACACCUUCAGAAGAAUUAUGCAGACGUAUCGUGUGCUGCAGUCGUGA